GGAUGAAGGAAGUUGGAGGCUGCUGGGGGCUGAGAAGCAUUUCCCCUCCUAGAGACUGCCAAUCAGUCACUGUCUCCAGGAGCUUCCUGACAGCUUGUCUUCUUCAUUGGCUUGGGGGCCGAGCAGGUCAACCUACUGGGGCACGGGGCUGACAUGGGGGCCCUUCUGUGGUUGCUCCUGCUUUUGUGGCUCCAGGCAGCCAAAGGGUAUUCUGGAGAUGAUGUGGAUACAGAAGAAGUAGUUGCAGUCCUUCAGGAGUCCAUCAGCCUCCGCCUGGAAAUACCAGCCGAUGAAGAGGUUGAGAACAUCAUCUGGUUCUCUUACGUAAGACUUGCCACCGUGGUUCCGGGGAAAGAGACACAGCCAGCUACCGUCAUGGUGACCAACCCUCGAUACGAGGGCCGAGUGAGCUUCCUGGACCCCAGCUACUCCCUGCACAUCAACAAUCUGAGCUGGGAGGACUCAGGGCUGUACCAGGCUCAGGUCAACCUGAGGACAUCGCAGAUCUCCACCAUGCAGCGUUACAAUCUACGUGUCUACCGACGGCUGUCGGAGCCUCGUGUCACCGUGAACUUUGAGAUUGCUCAGGAAGAUGGCUGCAAUAUAUCUCUGACCUGCUCUGUGGAGAAGGCAGGCCUGGAUGUGACCUACAGCUGGAUCUCCUGGGAGGAUGGCAUGGACACAGUCCAUGAGAGCUCUGCCCUCAGCACAUCCUGGCGGCCUGGGGACGAUGCCCUUUCCUACAUCUGCAGGGCCAGCAACCCCGUCAGCAGCAUCGCCUCCCGCCUCAUCCCUGCCGGGCCCUUCUGUGCAGGUACCAGGCCCCCGGGGACACCCUCCGAGCGACCGCAGGCCUCCGGGCUACCACUACCCUCCCCCCGUUCUUCCCAGGUGUGUACCUGGAACCCAGACCCGCACUCUUCCCCAUGGGGCCUUGUCCCCUGGACUGGGGCGGGGGCUGGUGCUCCCACCUUCCAAAGGUUCUCGAGUCUCUCGCUCAGCUUGAGAUUGCUCCUCGCAUCUCAGCUCCUGAGCUUCUGUGAGCAGAACACAUAGGUCCAGAGACACUGGCAAAGGAAUAUCAACUGACUGUGAACUUGAGACCCCUCUGUGGGAUCUGGGCUGGGUGUCUGCCUCCAAAUCCGGACUUCCCCUCCCCCUGGCGAGGGGACCCCCCCCCCCUCCCUUCUUCUGUCCCAGAUCCCGGCUUUCCUUCGGAGAAGGCGACUUACUUCUGCCUCUUGGCCAAGGGACUGCUUCUUCUCUUGCUCGUCGUAAUUCUGGCCGUGGGGCUCUGGCUCAUCCGAGCCCAGAAACGAUGCCAAACGCCAAGGAUGAGGAAGC